UCCCAAUCUGUUUAACCUAAGGGGGAAAACACACAAGAGAAAUAUCUGGAUUAACAGUGCGUGUCAUAAAUGUUAGUCGAUUUAUAAAAUGCUGGAUUGCAUUUUCAAAUGUCGUCUAUCGAAGAGGAAAAAUAUGCAAAAUAAUCGCGACUGAAUUUGCUGUUGCUAGGGGCAACCGGGGAAACUUUGUAUCGCCACAAGCUGUAGGAUCACUGCAGCUCAUUGCGGUCGAGGCGCCUUUGUGAAGAAACCCGAUUUUAUUGUUUGUGCAAAACACAGCCCUGCAAGAUUCAACAUGACAUCUCCGCGGAAAAUCCCAAUAGACCUCAAAACGAUGAUCAAAGACACUAAACAGGAUAUGGACGAUGUGCACCAAGCCCUGGAAAAGCUCAGAAGUCUCUCCCAGGAAGAAAGAACAGAGGCAGAAGUGCUGCGAUCAAGAAUCGACGAGCAGUCCACUCUCAUCUGCAUCCUGAAGCAGAGAGCAGACGAGAUGCUUCUGCGCUGUCAGGCUCUGGAGAAGAUCAAUGCAGAGCUGGAGAACCUGAGAGCCAAUGUGCAGCUGGAGCUGGAGAACGAGAGGAAGAAAUCCGAACUGCUGGAGCAGAGAUUCAUGCACCUGGCCUCCAACCACAGAGAGCUGAUCAACUUCAAGAACGAGUACAAGAGCCAGAAUGCAAAGCUGGAGCAAGAGAACGAGAGACUCAGGAAGGAAAACGAAACGCUUUUCAGUCAGCAAGUGCAAGAAAAAGAGAAGACCAUCCUCAAACUGACUCAAGAGCUCAAGGAAUUGGCAGAGCAACACAAGAUACUAGAAACAGAGUAUCAGGAGAAAACAACAGGUUUCCAGAUUAAACUAAAAGAACUGAUCAACCUCCAUCAGAUCAAAGAGGCGUCUUUGAAGAAUGAAUUGAGCGACACUCAAAAACAAUUGAAGAAUGCUGUAGAGAUGUGUGCAGAGUUGGAUCUCAAAUUAAGACAAACUCAGGAAAAAGAAUCAAUGAGAGAGACAGACACUCAAGAAAGACUGGAGAAACUCAUUAAGGAAAAGGAUGAGCUUAUUGAUCUCUCAAUGCAGCGUGGGAAAAUUAUACUGGACAAGCAAGCUGAAAUUCAAGAGCUGGAGCGGAAAAGACAGGAAGCUGAGAACGGCAGACUAGACGCAGAGAACAGGUUUGAAAAGGAAGCAGCAGCUGUGAACAGUGAAUUAAGAGUGAAGGAACUACAGGACGCCUUAGAGAGGGCAGAGGACACCUGCAAUGAGUUGAAAAAGGAGUUUGAGGCAUUUAAAAAGCACAGCAGUGAACUGCUUGAAAGGGAGAAGGAGUUAAACUGCAAACUUCGCCACAUGGUCAUCUGAGCCAUCCAUCCCAUUCCAUGCGUGUUUCUACCAUUCACUUUCUCAUCUGACAGCUGAGCUGGCUCAUCGCAUCAUGGCUCAUGGAGUGGUUGUAUAUAGUGAACCAGAAGGCAAGAAUGAAAUGAGAUUUUUCUUAAGAGAAUGUCUUCCGCCAGUAGGGGGCAGUUUAAAGUAUUUCAGGAGGGGAAAGGUGAGUUUGAUAGUUUGCAAAUAGAUUGUUUUGGAUAAACUGUGAUUUUUAAAUAAAAAUGAGCAUUUUUUCAGGCUCUGUCAUCAUUACUAGAAAAUCACCUGAUUAUGAUUAAUUAAAAUCUGAUUAUUGUGAGCUUUAAAUUUAAGUAAAAAAUUGCCUUUCAACUAAGAGAUUUUUUUAACUCAUUUGCAAAUUCAGAAGGUUUUGAAAUUUUAUAUCUUAAAACUAAAAACUUUUUUGUCUCUCUCCAACCAAGAUGAUUAUAUCAUAUGAUGGUUAUCAGAUAAUUCAUGGUUUCUGCAGGUUUUAUAUACAAUGUCUUUUAAAGGGGUCAUCGGAUGCAAAGUUCACUUUUACGUGUUGUUUGAACAUUAAUGUGUGUUGGCAGUGUGUACACAACCACCCUAUAAUGAUAAAAAUCCACCCAGUGGUUUUUUAUUUAAUCUGUAAAAAUAAUUUCCCCUUUUUCAAAUCAAGCCAUUCUCAGCGUCUUGUCUGUGUGACAACACACUGACAAAGGCAGCUCCCACGACAGUUGAUUGACAAGGCCGUCUUGCCUUAGACCCGCCUUCAGUGAGCUGCAGGGCUCAUUAACAUUUAAAGCAACAUCGACCAGAACAGGAUGAUUUAUGCAGAGCUGAUUUUAGCAAGGUAAAAAGGUGUUUUUUUACACUACCAUUGAGAAAUUUUAACCAAAGCAUGUUAUAGACUUUUCAUUAAGACCCUAAAGAAUCAUAUCAACUCAAUGGGCAUCCGAUGACCUCUUUAAGACCAAGUAAAGAAAAUUUAAGGAAUAAUUUAAAUGGAACACAAUAUAUCAAUAUGGUCUCGGAAUGCAAAUGUCUUGUAUUAGCAACACUUCAAAGUUUGAAAAUAUAACUCCCAAUACUACUCUUUAAAGAUUCUUAAAUCAAGAUACAAUGAAGCAAAAUGACAAAAUGUCUUGUUUUAUAAUAAAUUGAUUACAAUUAAGUGAGUUUAUGAUUAAAACAAACAAGCAUCUGCCAGUGGGCUUAGAAAAAUCAACAUAUACUGCCGUUUGGGAUCAGUACGAUUUGUAAUGUUUUAAAUGAUUAAAUCAAGGCUGUUUUUAUUUAAUUAAAAAUACAGAAAAAAACUGUAAUAUUGUGAAAUAUUAUUGCAAUCAAAAAUAGAGGUUUUCUAUUUUAAUAUACUUUAAAAUGUAAUUUAUUCCUGUGGUCCAAAUCUGAAUUUUCAGC